AUGGGCAGCGCCAGCCCCGGCCUGAGUGCCCCGCCACCGGCCCGCCUCCUUUUGCCUGAUACAGGGCUACGGAACAGCCUGGAAAAGGGGUCAGGGGCUGAGAGGAGAGUCUGGAGCCCCAGCCCCCCUGCCACCCCUGAGCAGAGUUUGUCGGCCUUCUACCUCUCCUACUUUGAUAUGCUCUACCCCGAAGAGGGAACCUGGGAGGGAAAGGGUCCCGUCAACGAGGACCAGGAAGAGGCCCCCAAGGAGCCAGAGCAGUGCCCCAUCAUCGACAGCCAGGCCCAGGGGGCUGGUCUAGACUACUCCCCAGGCAACCUGACCUUGGAGGAGCACUCGCUGGAGCAAGUACAGUCUAUGGUGGUCGGAGAGGUGCUGAAAGACAUCCAGACUGCCUGCAAGCUUCUCAACAUCACCGCAGACCCCAAUGACUGGAGUCCAGGAAAUGUGCAGAAGUGGCUGCUUUGGACAGAACACCAGUACCGGCUGCCUCCAGUGGGCAAAGCCUUCCAAGAGCUGGGAGGCAAGGAGCUGUGUGCCAUGUCAGAGGAGCAGUUCCGCCAGCGCUCACCCCUCUGUGGGGAUAUUCUGCAUGCUCACUUGGACAUCUGGAAAUCAGCCACCUGGAUGAAAGAGAGAACCUCCGGAGCUCUGCAAGUUUGUGCAGUGGGGAGUGAGGAGACCUGGAACGACAGUGAAGUGGAUUCUUCCUGCUCCGGCCAGCCUAUCCAUCUUUGGCAGUUCCUUAAAGAGCUACUGCUCAAACCACACAGCUAUGGCCGCUUCAUCCGAUGGCUUAAUAAGGAGAAAGGCAUUUUCAAGAUUGAGGACUCAGCCCAGGUGGCCCGGCUGUGGGGCAUCCGCAAGAAUCGUCCGGCCAUGAACUAUGACAAGCUGAGCCGUUCCAUCCGCCAGUAUUACAAGAAGGGAAUCAUUCGCAAACCCGACAUCUCCCAGCGACUGGUUUACCAAUUUGUGCACCCUGUUUGA